CUUAUUGUUAAUGAUCUAUCUAUACAGCAUCUAUCCAAACCAAUUCAUUCAAAUCAAUCAUUAAUGGAUGCACGUAAUUUAGCCACUGUGAUUGCACCAAACUUAAUGCGUUCAUCAAAUAGUAAAGAUCCACGUGAAUUAUUACAAAAUGUUCGACCGCAAACAUUAUUCAUUCGUUUAUUAAUCAGUUAUUUGGAUAUUGAAGUUGAAUUGAAAUAUUUGAAAGAAGAAGAGGAUUGUGAUGAAGAAGAAGAAGAGCAAGAGACAUGUAAUGUGAAUGUUGGCGAUAGAGGUGAAGAUUGUGAAUUGAAAGAGAAAUCUGUCACCGACUCAAAUGUCGAUGGUGUGGAUGAUGAAGUUAAAUUGAUUCGGUUUAAUGAUAAUAGUAAUAAUAAUAAUAUCGUAUCAUGUAAUCAGGAUAAAUUGUCGUUAUCAUCCAACGGUUAUGUGUAUCUGUCGUCACCGGUACGAGUUCGACUCGGUCCAGACAAUGGUUUCAUACCUAUUUGAAAUGUGAUUUGAUUGUUUUAUCUACAUUUUUUGUUUUGAUAUGUAUUCAUCAUGCGUACAUGUACAUAUAAAUAAAUAUACUCAUAUGCAUAUACAUAUAUACGUAUGUAUGCGUCUAUUUGUUUCUCCAUGAAACGAUGCAAUCAUUGAUCUGAUUAAUACUUUCAUAUAUACAUAUAUAUAUAUAUCUGUAUAUUCAGUCUUUUGGUUUCAUAUACAGUCAG